UGUCUUUCAGACCUCAGACUGAAUGCACUGUCCCUAGAAGAUCAAAUGACGCAUAAAGGCUGUGGAACGUGCAGGGACCGUCGAAUCCUCUGCGACAGGGCCCUUCCAACAUGCGUCCAGUGCUCCAAGUCAGGCCGGACUUGCCAGGGCUAUGGUCUUCGUCUGUCUUGGCCGAAUGCGAAUGAUCGCAAGCGCGCAAAGGUUGGAAAGUUACCGCGAGCUAGAAAGGGGGGUCGACGGGUGUCAGACCCGCUAUUGGUGAAUGCGUCGUCAUGGGAUAUCGAGAUGCAUUAUCAUUUGCUGGGUCUAGUGUCGGACAGAUACACUAAACUUGUGCUCCAAGCCCCGAUGCCAUUCAACCCGCUCAACUUGAACGUUAGGGAGGCUUACCUCUUCGAAUACUUUCAAUGCACAGCCUCUCGCUCAUUAACCACCUUCGGCCAUGACCCCACUAGCGUCGGAAACCUUCUCAUCCGGAUGUGCUUGACAAGCAACACCCCAUCCGCUACUGCGGUGCUUCACUCCAUGCUAGCCUUAUCUUCGCUCCAUCUUUAUGGACUGCAAGAUCAGGCCGGGCAGCUUAAGCUAUCCGCUCUGAAAGCAUUAGCUGCUGCGUCAUGGAUUGAUAUCGGUCCGAUGGCAGCAGCCCAGCAUGUUGCUACCGGUAUGCUUCUAUGUUCUUUCGAGAUUCACCGCGCAUCAUGCACAUCAGGGCAUUGGAGGUGCUACAUUGGCGGUGUCAAGAAAAUCAUCAAUGCGUCUUCAUCUUGCCUGAUCGACCCAAAUAGUGACUUCAAAGUCUUACUAGACUGGAUAUAUUAUCACGAUGUGAUGUCGCGGUUCAGCCAGCUACAUUGGAGCUCGGAGGAGGACAAGCUAAUUCCACCUGCCUGCGCAUCGGAAUACCCUUGGGCCAAUGUCCCCCCUGCGACGGUCUUUGGCUUUGAUCCAACGAUACAGCUGCUGUCGAAUGUCUGCGACGCCGUGGCUGCUAGGCCACCACCGACCGCUCCAGCCGAGAAGUUGAGUGAAUAUUUGUCGUUCGUCAACAUUUUGGAAUGGAGGGUACGAGCCAUGCCCAUAUCAACACCGGAGAGGAACGGAGUACAACGCCUAGAAAGUGCCAAAAUGACUGAAUUAUUCCAACUAUCCAUGCUGGUCUAUCUCAACAAAGCGACCGGAAACGUCUCCGAGCCAGCCAUUGCACUACAGCAACACAUUUCCCGAGCUUUCAAGCUUUUCUCCGAUCUCGCCGCUUGCGACCGCCAAUUCCCUUUAUUCGUACUAGGGUGCGAGGCAGAAACAGACGAGGAACGGCGCAUCGUCCUCGAUCUCAUCACUCGAACUGAGAAAUCCGCUUCCUCUCGCUCACUCUUUCUCGUUACGAGGCUUAUCCAGGCCAUUUGGGUCCAGGAUGAUCUUGCUGAUGGAGAACUGAACUAUAUGGACAAGCUGAGCGCUAUGAUUAGCUGCUGUACCAUAAUGCCGACAUUUGUUUAGUACUCGGUUCUGUCAUGUACCCUGUCUAGUGGAUCGCAUGUUCCGUGGUUCAUUCACGGAAAAUCGCCAUGUUCUUUACACAGCAUAUAAAUCGUGAAUAGGGUUUUAUUCCGAAUGCGGCGGUUGGAAUGGGGGAUAGAGACAAUCUUUCGUCCUUAGCCUAGUUGUUUGGAUCCUCCUCCCGUGGCGAAAACAUGUCUGCCGGAUAUACGUAGAGCUGGCUCCAUGCCAUUGUUGAGAAUAUGGGAAUUGUGCUGAGGUUUUUCAUAAUAAUCGUUCUUUUUCUCACAGCCGCUUCUUUUCUUCUCCGUCUUCUUUUCUUUUUUUACCCCCGCCAUUUGUAUAUUCUGAUGUAUCCAGCUAACCACCUUAGUGAAUCAUGCUGAGCUUUGGGGCUUUUUUUAAAAAAAAGAAAAG